AUGGCUGACAACUCUCAGAAAGCGAGCUUCCACGCAGGUGAAGCUAAGGGCCAAGUUCAGGCCAAGACUGAUCAGAUAAUGGAGAAGGCAAGCAAUGCCUAUCAAUCAGCCAAGGAAUCAUGCCAAGAGGGUGGUCAGCAAAUGAUGGCUAAGGCACAAGGGGCCGCUGAUGCUGUCAAGGAAGCCACCGGGAUGAACAAGUGA